AUGCAACAAGUCAGGGAUUUGCCUUGCCCAAAGGCUUUUGAGGAGGGAGCUCAAUCGGAACCCGCACCCAACAUUGCACGGGGCGUUCCACCAAGUGGAGGCACAGGGUGGGUCCAUGCAGGACAAGCACUUCCACCCCUAGCUCCCGUACAUAAGGCUCAAGUGAAUCUGAAGAAACUCCUCCUCGAUGAGAACCAGAAACUUGCAAUCAAAGAGCUCUACAACACCUCCCAGAACAUUGAGUUCCGCUAUCAGAUGAAUGACUUGCAACAACAACAACAUGCAGGGGCUAAAUUGCAGGAACUCGAACUCGAUCAAAAAUGCCGCAGUAAUCUGGACAAUCGAUGGACUGCACAACAUUCAUUCAGAUGGGGUCAGAAACAGGAGCAGCGACGGACCUUAUUUCAAUGCUCCUGUGGGUAUCACGUUCAAGCUCGCCAGCAACAGGAAGCUAACAAGGGAGUAAAUCGCAAAAAAGAGGACUGGGAACGGCGGGUUCCCUAUCCUUUCACCGCGUGCCCUGCGCAUAUUGAAAUUACAGAGAGACUUAGUGAUGGAGCAAUCUCUAGAAUUGCUGGAAUUAACAAACACAAUGCUCACUGCCAGGUAGCCGUAUUGGAGCGAAUUCCCCCGAUUCCACUUCAUGACCACGUCUAUGAAGUAGCCCUUGAACAGCUCCGAAAUGGGGCCAGCUUGACUGCUAUUCAGGAAAUGAACCGGAAGAUGAUCGAGACCAAAGCAUACCGGGACCUCAAAUCCUUUGAUCCCAAAACUGCAAAUGUUCGGUAUCUAUUCCUGCCAACUGAUCACACUUCGCUCUACCGCAAAGCCAGCAAAGAACUCGGCUAUGACCCCAAAGUUGAGCCACAAUACAACGUAGAUGAUUGGUUGAAUGUAGAAAGUCAGAACUUCAAACCAGAAAUAGCGGAGGCUGUCUUUCACUAUUCUGCCCGUGCUGAAGCUGGAGACCGGUUCGAGAUUUGUAUAUCCACUCUGGAGAUGGAUGAGUGUGCCUAUAAGUAUGCCCAUCAUUCUCAGCUUGUUCUCGAUGGUACAUUUGGUGUUUGCAGCUCUCGGCUUCUGUUAUUCAUUGCCCUUUCUGUGGAUGAAGACAAUAAGGGGUUUCCUAUUGCGCUCUUUCUAUUCUCUGCAGAGACUGGUGCCAAAGCAACCCAUGCAUCAUACAAUACAGCUAUCCUCGAGAAACUGAUUCGCACCUGGAAACGAAGACUAGACACCAAAUUUGGCUCAUUUGAACCGUAUUCUGCAAUUACUGAUACAGAUACGAAGGAACGUGGGGCACUUUGCUGGACUAACCAUCGCAAAAAGGUUCUACGCUGCAAGGCUUCCGAAUUUUGGAAGAAUCAUGCCCGCGAUUUAUUGCAGAAGCUGGAGGUCGACCUUAUUGCAACCGUUGACUAUUCUGUAGCGACCAACCUUCUUACAAAACACCAGAAUCUCUUCGAUAACCUGGCCGUCAACUUAGAAGCUAAACGUGUUUGUGAAGCAGGUCUUGAGCAUAUCAGGUACCUCCAGAACUACUGGAUGAGCCGCCCCCUUUGGGAGAGUUGGUCAGAGUGUGGACGCUUGGCUGCCGCAGCACGUAUUGGGAUACCUAUAGAGGGGAUCAUACCUACUACCAACCACUUAGAGUCUUUCAAUGCUGUGCUCAAACGGAAAUAUCUUCCAAGGUACUUACGUUCUGGCCAUAGGCUACGCUUUGAUGCCCUCAUCCUCCUCCUGAUCACUCAAAUUCUUCCUCAAAUCUACCACCGCCGUAACGCCCAAAGGGAGUACCGGAGCUGGCUCGUAUCUCGAUUUCAUUCAAGUGCCGGUGGUCAAGACCUCCUACUUGUGCAGCGGAGGUUCCAUGCAGAACAAAAUGAGUCUGCACGUCUAUUACGCUGUAUAUGUUGGUGGCCUCUAGAUGAGGAACGGCAGAAACGCGCAUUAGAGCUCCUCCAUUUACAGAGACUUGGUGCUAUCAGAAGGCAAGACUCAUCGAGUGGCAUAGCAUAUAUAGCUCAAUGCAACCCAACUUCUGGGCCAACUCCUUACGAUGUGUCAAUAAGUACAACUGGCAUUGGCUCUUGCUCGUGUGGGGACUUUUACAACAAUGGUAAAGCCUGCAAGCACCUUCGUGCACUGCGACUCGUCAUUGACUCGUGGGUGGUGCAGGGUCUAGUACCGACGCCUUUCUAUUACCCGCCAACAUUAGAGACGGCACGUAACAUCCAGCAAUUGGCAACAAAAGUUCCCUCGUCUUCUACUGAGGUUCUGUUGGAAGUCCUGGAAUCUGAGCGUACAGAAGCUCAGUUUGAUGUGGAUUGGACUAUACUACAAGCUUUCGGUGGGGAUACUACGGCACUAGGAGGUGUUUUCGAUGAGGAGCUGCCGGAGAAUACAGGGGAAGCCAAUGCUGACGGCUGCUCAGUGUCCUCGGAAGAUUCUGAUGACAGUGUAGAGAUAACUUCGGUUUUUCCUCAAGCUGGAAUAACAGCGCAAAUAAUGGAUCGCUUAGCUCAUGAAGCUAAGUUUCUAUUGCCUCGUCUAUACGGGGUACAAAAUACUCUUUCAGACCUCGAUGCUUGGCCUACUUCCCCUGAGCUGUCAGAACUUGAGGUAGUUAUUGAGAACCUCGCCAGCCAGUUCUCUCUUCUCCGAAAUGGAACCCCGUCUGUCGUACCCCCUUCAGCCAAUCUACUCCCAGUUUCAGGGCAGUCGGUAUUGAAGGAGCACACAUCUCCGGGGAGGCUCAAACGCAAACACAGACUUCUUCGAGCACCAUCUCCCGAGGCUAUGCAGAAACGGAAGGUUUCAAAUAGUACGAUGUAA